AUGGAUGCUUUAGAGUACGUGUUUUCUGCUGCAAGCGGGGACAGAUCUAAUGUGCUGGAAUUCAAACCAAAGUGUGUCAUGCGAGAGGAUCUGAUGAGCUUAAGCAGAAAAUUUCCAUUGAUUCCUGGUUCUGAACGAUCGAUAAAAUUUUGCACAACUAAACUGUCUCAAAAGCUGCGAGAGACACCAGCCGAUGCUGAUUUUGAUCUGACAGAUCCCUAUAGUUCACCGCCACAGUACAAUGUACUACACGACCCUCAUUUGAAGGAUUACUUUCAGAGUCCAGCCAUGAAGCGCAGACUUGUCGACAAAGGUUUCAUCACAAACAGCGGCUUUAUAAAAUGUACCCUUCUUGAAUUCAACAUGUUUCGCCAGUGGAUUAGAAAGCUUAAGUUAGAUCGAAUGCAUCAGGAACGCCGAAGACAGCGUCGGCUUGAGCUUCAGCUCUGGAAAGAGAAGCAAGCUAGGGAACGUCUUCUUCGGGACAAAGAGCUGUACAGCAUCGUGCGGUUGCGGGAACAGAGGGCUAGAGAUCUGAAAGAACGCGCUGUCAAAAAGCGUGAAACAGACAGGGAAAAGUACCUAAAACUACAAGCGAAAGAUCGGAAGAGGAGGGAAGAGUACAAAGAAGCCGUGAGGCGAAAAAAGGACAGGGAAGCAAGUGAAAGAGAGAAGCAUCUCGCUGAUAGAGAACUGCAAAAGAAUGAAACGGAAACCAAGGCGUGUUAG